UUGUUGCUGAACUACACAAAGACCAACUGCGUGUGAUCACAAAGACAAAGCCAGAAUAACGGGAAUGUCUUGCUACCUAUGCAAAUUUGUUACCUUGUACAGUGGCAUCAGUUCACGACCCUUUUCUUCGUUUUCUUCUCUCUUCUCUCACACUUUUCCCUCCACAUUUUCACCAACAAUUCCCAUUAAGCACAACUUGGCUUCUUCUUCUUCUGCGUCAGCCUCUGGUACAACAUUAACAUUCACAUGGGACGAUGUCUUUCGCGUAUCUGAAUCUGAAGCUGUCACUGAAGACCGCUCUUGUUAUCUCCAAGGCUACUUCCACAAAGUUCAACUAUGCAAUCGUGGUUCUGAGAAACAAUCUGAAUUCCUUCCAUUUGUCAUUGAGGGCCACGUUGUUGGAUUCAUUCACAAUGGGUUUGUUGAGCACUUGAGGGGCUUUGAUGAUGUGUUCAUUUUCCCUAAAGAUAAAUAUAAUGGAGGCCCCUUUGGUUACUCUGUUUCAUUGCAUCCAACGCUGAAGACAGCCGAGGAAAGAACCGGUGCGCUUGGAUAUGUAGUAAAAUGUUUGGGGCAGGAGUUGAUUCCAGGUAUACGGAAUGAGCUAUACCCUGUGGCAUCAUCAUUUGGCGCGCCCAUUUUCUUUUCAUUAGAACGUGCUGCAGCUCCUUAUUUUGGUAUAAAGGCUUAUGGAGUCCAUAUGAAUGGCUAUGUUGAGCUGGAUGGGCAGAAGCACCUAUGGGUAGGGAAGAGAAGUCACAUGAAACCCACAUAUCCCGGAAUGCUUGAUCAUCUAGUUGCAGGAGGACUGCCGCACGGAAUUGAUUGUCAGGAGAAUGUUGUAAAGGAAUGUGAAGAGGAAGCAGGAAUUCCAAGGUCCAUCUCUGUUGAAGCCAUACCUGUCAGUGCUGUUUCAUAUGCGGACAUUGAUGGGUAUAGAUACAAGAGAGAUGUUCUAUUCUGUUACGAUUUGAAACUUCCCAAAGGUUUCUUACCAAAAAAUGAAGAUGGAGAAGUUGAUAGCUUCAAGUUGAUCCCUAUUAUGCAAGUUGCAGAAGUCAUACGCAAGACACAAUUUUUCAAACCGAAUUGCUCUCUCGUAAUCAUUGACUUCCUGUUUCGACAUGGAUACAUCAGUCCUGAAUGUCAUGGAUACUUGGAUCUCCUACGAAGCUUAAGAAUAGGAGAUUGCUCUUGACACAGAACCUUCAUAUAUAUAUAUAUAUAUAUAUAUGGAUUAAAUGUGUGUUCUUUUAAAGAACACAAGUUGUGUCUUUUUAAUUUUUAACACUAUGUAUUACGGGUAGUACAUAACUAUAAUAUACAAAGUUACUUUUCUUUCUCUCUCUACGACAGCUGAAAUGACUGAAGAGAGAGAAAAAAAAAAGUAAAUUUUCGUAUUAUAAUCCCGUAGUAGAUAGUGUUAAUCACUAAAAGGACAUAACCUUGUGUUCUUUUAAAUGACAAACUUUUUUUUCAUAUAUAUAAAUCAAGGUUCAAAGGUACGGUCAUCAUCAUCACCGUGACAGAUAAAAUAAAAAAGGUUAAACUCUUGGAUUGUAUUUUUCCAGUAAUGUCUUCGUAAACUUGGAUACUUAUUUUGUAAUAACUUUUAUUCAAGAAUUGGUGAGAAA